GCGGCUGCCAUUUCACUACGCACAAUAUUGGAGUACUCUAUCGAUGGUCGCUUCUCUUGAACCACGCCCGCAAGGCGUCUCAUGCCCAGUACACACAUGCACAGGAUUUGUGACAGUGCGACGAGAAGUUCAAAUCUCUUCGGGUGAGACUUAGUAUCGAAGAGAGUGCCUCCUGUAGCCGCAUUUUCACUUCGGCCGCGCAUGCCAAGCGGCUAACGUUAGGGUUGAAGCUGCAGGUGUGUCCGUCGUCAUUGACGCUGCUGAACCUGCGACUAGGGGAAUGGAUCCGACAGACGAGGAACCGGAGCUUCCUUCCGCUGUCAAGGAGCUUAUACAUCGUCUGGAAGGCAAAGACGAGCCUUGACGGUGGCUUCCUACAUUAAGCUGCCCAGAUUUUCAAGAGUUUUUUCCGGAACGUGCAUGGCUAUCGACGAUCAUAGGGUGGCGAAGCGAAGUGCGCCUUCGGGCGCCUUCGAGUGCUGGAGGCAAUCGGCAGCUGCAACACCUUUCAUUCUCUGGACGUAAACAUUAUUUUUGGAGGAGAUAUAUCGAGGUUGACGCCUAGCGAGCGGGAAGUACUUUUGAGAGGUUUCAGGCGUAGCACCGUUCUACGAGCGAUAAGAGUUGAGGGAUUGACAUGGAGAUCACUUGCGGAAGUGGAGAGCUUAUGUUUACAGCUGGGGGAAAUUUUGAAGGCCUCUAGCGUGAAAGAUUUGACAAUAGUCAAUUGCAGAUUGAGUGCCGGAUGUUUCUUGAAUCUCGCAUCAGAGCUGCGAGGAAAUUACGAGUCUAAACUCGACUCUUUAGAACUACGUAAUGCAUGGGAGAGCUCGAGUGCGGUGAGGCAUAUGGCUGUCGUGAUCAACCGUGCUACUCGACUAGAAACUUUGGAAAUAGGGUUCAGGGGGCCGCAUGUACGACAUGGACGAGGAGGCCGCUAGAAUCUUGUCGCAGGCUUUGAAACAGAGCUCGGCUUUGAAAAAAUUGGUUACAAAGAAGGUGAAGGACGAAGCGUCAGCCUUCUUGCUGAAGGCAUUGCAUGGAGAUGGUGGCAAUGGAAGAAUUGAAUGUCUUCAUCUCAUUUCCGUGUCUGGACUCGGAGACUUUUACGAGAACUUCUGAGACCCCACACUUACUUGAUGGAAGUGAUGUGGGACCCCAUGGACAUGCGUCCCGAGGAAUGGAGCGAACUGCGCCAAGCCAUACGUGAAAAUGCUACACCAAGAACUAUUCGCUUAAUCCAUUUCAUGCAUCACAGAGAUAACUUGAAGGGAGUAGAAGAGCUUGCGUGUUCUGAUAGCUCCGAUGUCAAGGACUCUACAGUGGAGCUGAUUAUAACAUUUUAAGAUUACGAUGCAUUGUUGUCAGCAGUCAACGUAGUGGGUAGGGUAUUGCGCGGAAAAAUCAAAUCUCUUAAGUCGUUGGUUCUACUUGUGGUAGCAAAAAAAGAAAGGGACGAAAUCCAUGGGUUGCUGCCAUCAGGCAGCAACCCAUGGAGACGAACGUUUCGUCUUCAUGGAUGGAAAUGGUGGAGAAACUUUAGUCCUGAAGAGACUGAAAUUAUUUGUUAGAAGCAAAGAUACUUUGAAGGGAGUAUGGAAGGGGACCUGCUUUGUUUCUUGCGAGAGAAUACAAGUAACACUCACUGUCUGAUUCCGAACUCGAUGACGAGGCGUUCGGGGAACUCAUUGGUCUCUUGCAAGUGUACUUGACUCUCCAGCAAAUAUAUGUAUGAGGAACUUCAUGGGCGGAAAGGCGGCGCCUAUUGAUGAAGCUCUACGGGAAAACCUGAACCGGCCGGCUACAUGAGUGUCUUCAGAGAAGCCAAAUUAACAUUUGGAGAUGCAAAAGCUGGUCGACUCUUUUUAUGCGGCUAUCCUGGAGCAGGCAAGACUCGAACUUUGAUGAGAUUAGUUCAAGGCAAAAGUUGGCUGGGGAUCAAAUUGUACAAAUUGCUGAGUACUGUAGUCUGGUAGGGGAGUUUUUGCCAAAACAAUGAGGAUAGCCAAGUUUCAAUUUGGCAUUUUGGGGUACAAAGUUUUCAUACAUUUUAAAAUUUGCUGUUCAUUC